CACAGUCCGAGCAGCAGCAGCAGCAGGGGGACGUCCUGAUCUCCAGAGACGUGACUCAGGUUCAACUGUUAGCGUUUAAAGACGAGAGCGAAGAGACGGCGACGCGUGGAGAACAGAGGCGGGAAAGAUGAUCGGAGGAGGAGGAAACGCAAAUCCUUCUCGGUCGUCGACCACCCUCAGCACGAUCGCCAUCCAAGCAGGCCAAUCACAGAUCGUUGUCUCAGUCCUCAAGAGCGGGUCUCUGGUCCACCUCCAGCUGGUCCAGGUCCAUCCAGGCCUCUGUGAGAUCGGAUUGAACCGUGAGGAAAACCAGACACUGAUCCAGGAGCAGCAGCAGCUGAUGGAGAAACUCAGGAAACAUGAAAGGGAAGUGCUGGCUGUGGUGGAGCAGAGGAGGAGCAAGAAAAACGAGGAAGUGUACAAGGCCAUGGCAGCGUCUCUGAGCGAGGGAUGGUCACUCCUCCUUCACCUGCUCGAGAGACGACAGGAAGUCCUGAUGUUGGCUUCAGACUUUUACCACCGAGCACUGGAGUUUGCUGACAGUAUGGACAGAGUGGAGGAUCUACAGAUCAGACCUGACAACAACAGACUGACUGAAGUGCAGCUCACGUACGACUCCAUGAGGAGAGAUCUUCUGGGAAAAUCCCUGCAGGUUAUAACCAGCAGCACCAAUCUGCUGCAGAAACUCAGACGGCUGCAGAGAGCCGAGGCCCUCCAGAGGAGAGGGGGAGUACUGCAGGAGGAGGACGGGGUCGAAGACGAGAGUUCCCAGUGCAGCAGGGGGGCGACGCUGAGGUUGGAGGAGCUGGUGGAGACGCUGCAGGAUCGGAGGAGGACGGCAGACCGGGCUCUCAGGCUGCGGCUCCCACAGGUGGAGAAUGGCAUCAUGGUCCGCGAGACAGAACGAGAGUCCAGAGAGUCCGGCUCUGAUGACCGGACCCUCGCACCUGGCAAAGUCCUGGACCAGAACUUGGAGUCUGAAUCCGCAUCAACGGAGAGUGCAGGACUGCAGUCAUGUUCCAGAGAAAAAGAAACUGGAGACCUUCAUCCCACAUCCACAGCGGAUGUGAUGCCUGGAUCCAGAUCAGAAGAGACCGUAAACUUUGAAUCAGGAUCAGAUCUAAAGCCUGAAUCCAGAUCUGAUCUGGAACCUGGAAUCAAAUUAGACGUGAAGCCUGGAUUCAGGUCAGAAGAGACCAGAAACUCAAAAUUACGAUCCAGAUCAGAUCUGCAGCCUGGAUUCAGAUUAGAGCCAAAGACGGGAUCUGGACUACAGGAAAUCCCAAACUUGCAGUCCAGAUUCAGAUUGAACCUGAGGGCUGGAUCCAGAUCAGACCUGAAUUCAGAUUCAACAUCAGAGGAGACCAGAGACCGUCAUCAGCUUGGAUCAAAUUCAGUUCUGAUGCCUGCGUCCAGGUCAAAGGAGGCUAGAGGUCUGCAGUCUGAGUCCAACCCAGAUGUGAAUCCUGAUUCCAAAUCAGAUGAGACCAGUAACCUCCAGCCAGGAUCCGGGUUAGACCAGAUACCUGGGUCUAGAUCAGAGCAAACCAGAGACAUAGAGCCAGAUCUGAAGCCUGAAUCCAGAUCAGAGGAGAACAUGGAACUCCAGUUAGAAUCCAAAUCAGAUAUAAAGCAUGAGUCCAGUUCAGACCUGAUACCUGGAUCCAACUCAGAAAAGACCAGAAACCUGCAUCCGGGAUCAGAUUCCACACCAGAAGAGACCAGAAACUUUGAGUCAGGAUCCAGAUCAGACAUGAGGCCAAGAUCCAGAUUAGAUCUGAAGACUGAAUCCAGAUCAAGAGAGACCAUAGACCUGCUGCCUGGAUCCACAUCAGAGACCAAAGAGUUGCUUCUUAAUUUUCAGCCUAGAUCCAAAUCAGAGAAGACCAUAGACUUGCAGUCUGGAUCCAGAUCAGACCCGAACUCUCGAUCCAGAUCAGAGGCUGAAGACGACAGUUUGUCCCGACUGAGCAGGAAACAGGACGAGACCAAACGGCAUGGACCUGCUCCAGAUACCAGUGGGCAGGUGCAGAGCAUGCUGGUAAAGGAAACUCAAUGUGUAGAAGACCACGCCCACAAAGCUCUCCUGACCAAUCAGAGUCUACAGCUGCUGCAGUCAUGUGAACGCCUCGUGGACAAGGUGUGGAGCUGGGUGCAGCAGGGCAGCAGUGUGUUGUCUAACAGCUCUGAAGCAGGACAGCAGCUCUUGGAAGCUGAAGACACUCUGAACACACACCUACUGCUACACACACAGGCUGAGUCCGCAGGUCGCGAUGCAGAGAACUUGAGGCGGAUCCUGGAUCAGAUCCAAGCUCUGCACACAGAACCAACCAGCAGAACCAGUCCCCAGUCUGCCGGCGAACCCAGCAGAGAGCCGUCCCCCCUGAAGGCCCUAACAGAGCAGCUGAAGAGAGGCGGCGGGGGACGGCAGACCAGAACCGGAGCCGAACUCGCUGGUCGGGUCGAUCUGGUCCUGAAGGAGCUACGGAGCCUGAACGGGAAGAUCGACUCAAACCUGCAGCUGCUGCAGCCCUACGUCGCUUUCCUCAGGACGGCGCAGCAGGUAGAGGAGGAGAUGGAAGAGCUGAGGGAGAUCUACAGGAGGAGACCAGAGGAGGAGAAGCAGGAGGAGAGGGAAGCUGGUACCAGUGACAUCAGGACUACCACCAGUUCCAGGCCACCACAGAAGAAGAAACUGGUCCACACCUGCUGGCAGGAAACGCUGCAGAGGCUCCUCACUGCUCAGGAACUGGGAAACCACUACAUCCAUACUGUUACCAUGGUAACCAGGCUGUCAGGAAUCAAGGUUGACUUUGAUGACAUGAGAAGAGUUGAACUGAAAUUAGGUCACAUGACAUCAGAUCAGGAUCAGGUGUCAGGGUCGGGGUUAAACCUGCGGUCCGCGGCGUCGGUGGUCCAGCGGACAAUCGAGCAACUCGACAAAACCAAGCAAGAAGUAGAUGAGCUGCGGAUCCAGCAGCAGAUCCAGAUCCAGCAGCGGCAGGAGGACGUGAAGUUCAGCAGGAAAUACCAGGAGACACUGCUGAAGACCCUGCAGGACCUGAGCUGUGUUUCUGAGCUGCUGGACUCCUCCACGCUGGUGGAUCUGGGUUCAGACGAGCAGACCUCCAGGCUGUUGGAGCGCUUCAGGAAGGCCAGACCACAUUUUAUUCAACUAGAUGCUGAGGUGGACAACAUGAGGAGGAGCUGGGAGACUCUGAGAGGAGUCCAGGACCGCCUGGAGGUGAAGGGGGUGAAGGAGGAGGAUCUGUCAGAGCUGCUGAAGCUCCAGAAGAGAGUAAAGGACAAGAUCCAGGAGAGCAAGUCAAUCUUGGACCUGACCAGCAGCUUCCACCUCACAGCCAAUCAGCUGGAGGCGCUGCUCCGCUCAGACCCUGGCAGCCCGGUGCCUGGUUCAGCUGGUCCACGUGGAUCCGGCGAGGCUGAGUUCAGCCAGCACAGAGAGGAACAGCAGCAAAUCCAGAGUCUGUUUAAAACAGCUUCAUCGCUGAAGACAGACAUCUGCACCGCCGUCACCUGCAGUGGCCGCACAGGUUUCAGACUGGAGCAGCUGGAGGUUCGUCUCCUCUCUCUGGACUUUCUCUGCGUCUCGUGGCUGAACCAGGCAGCUCGACGUGAGGAGAAACUCCACCAGGAGCUGCUGACCCGCCUGCUCGACGAUGACAUCAGCCAGCUUCGUGAUUCCUUUAAAGAGCUGAAGAAGCGGUUCAGCAACCUGAGGUUUAACUACCUGAAGAGAAACGACAGGACCAGGAACAUGAAGGCCGUCAGGAACCAGCUGCAGCAGGUGGAGCAGUACGACGAGAAGCUGCAGGUGCUCAAGAAGCGCCUGCAAGGUGUGACUGCCCGACUGGGGUCAGAGGUCAAGAACAGGGGCAUGGUCCGGGAGGUGGAGGACGCCGUCAACGAGCUGCAGAGACAGAUGGGAGAGUUUGAGCAAAGCGUCCGCGAACACCAGAAGACACUGGACAUGACGUGCAGACUGCAGCAGGCCGUGGAGGAGUAUCAGUUCUGGUGCGAGGAGGCGAGUGCGACCAUCGCUCGUGUCGGGAAGUUUUCCUCCGAGUGUCGCAGCACGGAAGCCGUCUCUGUCCUCUACCGGCAGUUUGAGAAGUUCGUGUGGCCGACGGUUCCCCAGCAGGAGGAGAGGAUCAGUCAGAUCACCGAGCUGGCUCUCAGGCUGCAUGGGGUGGAGGAGGGGCGGAGGUACAUAGAGAAGACGGUCAGUAAACAUGCAGAGAUGGUGGAGUCCAUCAGAGAGCUGAAUGACGGACUGAUGGAGCUGGAGGCCAAACUGAAGCUGGAGAGUCUCAAACAGCAGCUGAACGAUGGAGAGAAAGAAACCGGAGAAGAUGGAGAGAGGAGGAGGAGGAGGGAGAAUGAGACGGAAGAGAGAGGUGAAGAGAAAGAACAGAAGGUGAAGGAGAACAGAAAGAAGAAAAAGAAGUGCGGCACACCGGAGGCUGUCGACGUGUAUGAGCUGAAAGAAACAGGCCACACCCCUGAACUGACCGCUGAGCAUGAUGGGAAGCAGGUUCCUGUGAAGAGGCAAACUGCAGCCAAUAGGAAGCCUCCGUUAGAGAAGAGCUGCAGUCGGGAGGCAGAUGGACUCAGCCACAGGCAGCAGAUACACAGCGAGACAUUCACCUCCUACUGCUCCACGCACACCCUCAGCCUCUCUUGCUCCCUGGUGGAGGCCAGCAGACGGGUCCACGCCAUCCACAGCCAGUUACAACAUGCCACGCCCCCUCCUCCUAAUGCAUCAGCAAGAGGCCUGUCCGAGGGGGAGCUCCUGCAACACGAAGUGAUGACAGAAGACUCGCUGUCCAAUGAUGAAUACGAGUGCGCGUCACCUGACGACAUUUCCCUGCCGCCGCUGGCAGAGACGCCAGAGUCCUGCACAGUCCAAUCAGACACUGAGGAGGGUGUUUGUCAGCGCGGCCAGCAGUGCCGCGCCCCGUCAGAGCACAGCGGGGAUGGUGCUUCUACUGGUGUGGUCCGACCACAGAGGGAGUCCAGUCAGUCGGAGGGUUGUCCAAGUCCUCCCACCAGUCUCCACAGCACCAGGUUCAAUUCAGAGUCCACUUCCUUUGUCCGGAGUCCGUUGACAGUUCCUGCUCCAAGCCUCCUCACCAGGACUCUGUGCACCAUCCUGAGGACAGAAGAAAUCGGUCCAGCCGACCUCUCACAAACUGAUUCCAUUCCCCAUCCUGAAGAGUUCGACCAGAGCCACACCCUCCCCAAGUCCACCUGUUGUCCUCAGCCCUUUAACGGUCCAGACCCUAAUCUCCAAAGGCUCAAGACCCUUCCACAAGACACCGAGGUUUUCAAAUACCAAACUACCUUUCCUCAAAGCACGACUGUCAUUUGUCAAGACAACAGUUUUACACAGUCCUUCCCUGACUCAGAAAGUAUGGUUACCCAGCAGACCAUUACCGUCCAAUCCUCAUCCCAGAGUAAGAGCUUGCCACAGAUCAACCCAGUUCCCCAGGCCAGAGGGUUUGCUCAAAACCCCAGCCUCACAGAUUCUGCUGUGCACAAAGACGGCACCCUUCCACGAGACAUUGAGCUCCACAAGUCCAGUGGAACUUUCCUCCAAACCAGCACAGCCCUCCCCCAGGACAGUAAUCUUCCACAGUCUUGCCCAGAUUCCAGGACUGGCGUUGAUCAGGAUGUACCUUCUUCCAAAAGCAGCAAGGAAACAACUUCAGUGAACAUACCCCAAAGUAGCAGCCUUACCACGACCACUACUGUCACCCAACAAACCAUUUACUGUCAGCCACCCCCCUCAGACAGUCAUUGCAAUGUGCCCCAGGCUUGCAGCAGCCUCAGGUCAAAGCGAGAAAGCCCCUUCUCCCAGGGCCUUGGCGAUCAGCCUGAUGUCCAUGCUCCCGUUCUUCCAGAGCCAAAUGGCAUCAGCGAAAUUAUUGUAACCAACAGUACCGCCACCACCAGUAAUACAGCCAGCAGCAAACAGAGCUACCAGGCAGUCUACUCCCUCCAUGAGUCCUUGACCUCCACCUAUACCCAACAGUGUGUGCAUGACCCUGGCAUGACCCCUAGCAGCCCGGCCAAGCCCACUGCUCCUCCUCAGCCCGAGUCCCAGACCAAAGCUUUGGCUCAGCAGGCUAACCCGCAUGUCACACCGCCUUCCUCUCCACUGCAUCUACUAACAUCAGACCAAGACCCAGACAUUUGUCAGCCCUUGGCCAUCCGCGAGGAGAUCAAGCUCACUCCUCAGAUCCAAGGGCCCUCCAUUCCUGCUCCUCCUCUUCUCCAGGCCCAGACAGAGUCUCUUCCCCAGGGAAAAGCCUCUAAACCUGGCCCUCCCUACUUCACCAGGCCCCUGUCUAGAGCUACCGUCAUGGAGGGCUCUCCGGUGACACUAGAGGUGGAGGUGACGGGACACCCAGAGCCCACACUAACCUGGUUUAAAGACGGAGGUGUGUCAGCCACCGGCCGGGGCCGAGCGCAGGUCUGCGAGGACCGGGAACGCUUCCUGUUUAUCCAUGAGGCAGCGGACUCAGAUGGCCGGUUCUACGAGGCCGGGGCCUCCGACCGUCGUGACUCGCAGCGGACGGUGGCGCGAGUGUUUGACGUGAUCGGUGUGGACUGGCAGACCUGGUUUGGUACACUGUGUGUUCUCCUGUGGCUGAUCUACCUGAUUCUACUCUGAUGACUCUUUCCCACGACCGGAACCGAACAACCUGGAACCUGGAGAUCCUUUACCCGAACUUGUAAGAAUCUGUAAGGUGGUGGUUCUGGGUUUUACCUUUUCACUGUGUAGUACAAGCCACAGGGUUUUGGAUGGACAGUCCUGUGCAGAAUGUUUAGGCUCUAAACGUUUUCAGCCCCAGUUCCCGGACUGACCCAUCGAUGCUGGGAUCAGGUCUCUGUGGGCCAGAAAAUAACCUGUAGAUUAAAUCUCAGGCAGAAUUUAGGUUCAUCUCCAAACCAAAGAACGAAGAACACACUAGUGAGUGCAGCUUGUUGGUUUCACACACACACUCUGUUCAGUCCAGAGUUUCUCAGCCUCGGCGUCUGGACCUCAGAUUUGUAGCGCUGAUAUAAUUAUUUCAAAUGUGGAAUGAAAAUAUAAACUGAAAAACACAUGUAGCAUAAUGUUAAAAGAACUGAUUUAUGAUUUCUUUUAUUAUUUUAUAUUUUAUAUGAGCGUUCAAUAUGUCUGAGAUGAAUCUGAACGGAGUCUGAAGUUGUUAAAGCAGAAAAACAAAGUAAAGAAAAAACAAAAAUAAUAAAUAAACACAGUAAAAAGAUAAAUCACACAGAAGCUCAGUGUGAAAAUGAUGAGAUAUGAAACUGAGACAGUGAGUUACAGCAUGAGAUUAAUCAGUAUCUUCACUGUCUGUGACAAAAUUACAUUAAGUCCUAAUUCUGAGAGCACUAAUCAAAGAUUUUAGGUGAAUCCAAAUUUCAACAGUCAAUAGUAAUAUAAUAAUAAUAAUAAUACUAAUAAUAAUAAUAAUAAUAAUAAUAAUAAUAAUAAUAAUAAUUGUGACUUUCUUGGUCUAAAUUUUACUGGUCACUUUUUAAUAAAGUUAAAAUGAUGACAUA